AUGUCAGCCAGAACAGUCCUUGUCACCGGAGCCAGUGGAUAUAUCGCAGCCCAUGUUAUUUUGAACUUUCUCGAGGCUGGAUAUAGGGUUAUUGGCACAGUCCGUAGCCAGCAAUCUCUGGAAACCGUGAAGAAAAGCAAAUUCUACAGCCGAUUCCCUGGAAAAUACAAUUUCAAGAUUGUUCCUGAUAUCACUAGUCCAGGAGCUUUUGAUGAUGCUGUUGCUAAUGUGGACGGAGUUAUUCAUACUCAAAGUCCAUAUAUUACGUCCAAUAUCACUGAUAAUGAAUCACAGUUGCUGAUUCCUGCCAUCCGUGGUACCGUUGGUAUUUUAGAGUCAAUCAAGAAAGUCAACCCAAAAGUCAAGCGAGUGGUUAUCACAUCGUCAUUUGCUGCAAUUGGCGACAUUCCCAAGGGUGCUGACUAUGAUCAUACCUACUCUGAGAAGGAUUGGAACCCAGCCACUUAUGAACAAGCCCUAGCAUCAACAGAAGGAGGAUUUGUUUACUGUGCCAGUAAAGCGUUAGCAGAAAAGGCAGCCUGGGACUUUGUCGAGCGAGAAAAGCCCAACUUUUCGUUGUCAGUGAUCAAUCCUCCUCCAGUCUAUGGACCCAUCAUCCACAAUGUCACAAGUCUUGCCAAUCUCGGAACAUCAGCUGCUACUUUCUACAAGCUCAUGAACGGGUCUUUAACCAGUGUCCCGGCAACUCGACUCCCAACUGUGGUCGAUGUACGAGACGUUGGCAAGGCCCAUUUGCUUGCCUAUGAGAAGGACGUAGCAGCAGGCCAGCGAUACCUGACCACAUCAGGCCGGUUCUUCUUCGAGCAAAUCUGUCAAAUCCUUCUCACCGAGUUCCCCGACCUGUCAGGAAGAGUGCCUGUUCCCACCUCGAUUCCCGACCCAGCUCCCGAGCACUGCUUCCGAGUCGACAACUCCAAGAGCAAGCAAGAACUCGGCAUCGAGUACUACACCCUCAAACAAACAGUAGUCGACACAGCCAAAUCGCUUCUCCAACUCGAGAACUCGCUCCAGUAA